GGAGCCAAUGGUUGUGAGCUGAGUAACACCCUGAUCAGGUGAGAGAAAGUGCACUGAGAAUUAUAAGCGGCUGCACUUGGGAUGUUGGUUGUUUGAUUACAGGACUGCUGCCCCCCAUCACAUGGCUCGUCUCCCGUCAGAUCAUGGCUGUGUCAAUGGCUCUCUAGUUGCAUUAAGCUGCCCUUCGCACCAGGUGCUGUGCCGGAUCGUGGGCGAGAUCGACCUCCCCAGCUCUGUCUAUCAGAACCUGACGCUGGACGCCGGCUUGUCGCAGGCUGUAACACAAAACUACGAAUUCCUUAGCGGUUUGCUGUUGGCCGUGUUGUCCAGCCUCCUUAUUGGCAGCAGCGUCAUCCUCAAAAAGAAAGGGCUCCUACGCCUGUGUCGACAAGGAGGGACGCGUGCAGGUGCUGGUGGACAUGGUUAUCUGAAAGACUGGAUGUGGUGGGCAGGACUAUUAACAAUGGGGGGAGGCGAGGCUGCCAAUUUUGCUGCUUAUGCGUUUGCACCUGCCACCAUUGUCACUCCCCUGGGGGCGCUCAGUGUCCUAAUCAGCGCUGUGAUGUCUUCCUAUCUGCUCGGAGAGAGCCUGAAUGUCUUGGGGAAGUUGGGGUGUACUCUCAGUGUCCUGGGAAGCACUGUAAUGGUAAUCCAUGCCCCUGAGGAGCAAGAGGUCACCACUUUAGAAGAUAUGACCCUCAAGCUGCAGGAUCCAGGUUUCAUAGCCUAUAUCAGUCUCUUGCUGAUCUGCUGCUUGGUUCUGAUCUUCCUCCUUUCCCCUCGUUAUGGUCACACCAACAUCCUUAUCUACCUGGCAAUCUGCUCGCUUUUGGGUGCCUUCUCGGUGUCUUCGGUGAAAGGUUUAGGAAUAGCAGUAAAGAGCCUGAUUUCUGGACAGUCUGUUGUCACACACCCUCUGCCCUGGAUCCUCAUCCCUAUCUUGAUCUUAUCAGUGGUUACCCAAGUAAACUACCUCAACAAGUCUUUGGAUGUGUUCAACACCUCAUUAGUAUUCCCUAUCUAUUAUGUGCUGUUCACAAGUGUGGUUAUAGCCACCUCCCUCAUCCUCUUCAAGGAAUGGGUUGCUAUGUCUGCCUUGGAUGGAGUUGGAGCAGUCUGCGGCUUUCUCAUCAUCAUUUUGGGGGUCUUCAUGUUGCACGCUUUCAAGGACCUAGACCUCAGUCUUCAGCAACAACUGCAGACACUUUCCCCUUUACCUCCUCUCCAUUUCUCCUCAAAGGAGGACAAGAUUUCGUUGAUCGACAGUAUGGAAAUAGAGGCCAUAGAUGGCAAACCUAAGGUCUUUGUCAUCUAUACUUGAUAUUGGCCAAGGCAUUUUGGCCUUCAAAGCUGAUGAAUUUUAUUUUUAAAGAGAAAAUGUAGAGAACUGUGUUGCCAGCUUUAUUCCGUUGGAUCACAAACUGCACAUAAAGACCCAUCUUGUAGCCCCUUUUUUUUUUUUUUUUUUUUUUUUACUUUUUUCAAAUACUGUACUGGAAACCAAUUGGACAAUCUGUCUCUUUUUUGAUUUGCUAUGAAUGAAAUCAUUAUGCUGUUUGACAGGGAAUAUUAUGCAUUAGGGCCCUCAAAUCCCAAGUUGAAAGGUAUCUCCACUGGGUAUUGGUGGGUCAGUAUCUCAAUGAAUGUUCUCUUGCUAGUAUUGAACAUGUGGCUAGGUUUAAAAUAAUUGAGCAUAAAAUGUUAUGAUUCAGCAGGAGGGCCACAAUAAUAUGCAUAAUAUUUCUUGGCCGGACUUUCACAUUUUUUAAAAAAGGGGCACAAAACACCUUGCUUGCAUAAUCUUUGGUUCAGCCAGAAGAAUAUGCUAAUCAGGAGUCUGUCAUCUCCUUAAACUGCUGUGGCUUGUAUUUUGUCACUUUUUCUGGAUAACUUUAAUAUUCUGUACAGUUUUUAUUUUUGUAUAUUGUUUGCUGUCUAACUACUUAUCUAUUUUUAAAGCACUGUUCUUUUGUAAGUUAUAAAACGCUUCCAUUUAAAAAAAAAAUGCUUCCUUUCUGAAUGUGUCCACUGCACAGGGGUUCUGAUUCUUGAAACAGGUUUGGCAACUUUGUCGACCAUACAGUGUUUCAGUUUCUGGGUUGGGGGGUGUACUCCCUAAACCUCUUAUUUGUUGCCUAUGAACCCCCAGAAUCCUGAAAUUGCUGUGGCCUAUAGGUUUUAGUUUAAUCUUUUUUUUUUUUUUUUUUUUGUAUUUCAAGAAAACUUAUUCAU